UGCAGAAAUUUAGAAAUGUUAGGCUGGAACGAGGAAGUGGAGUGGAGAGGGGAGGGACCGAGGGCACAGUUCCACAGCGCUGCCGCGGCGGUACGAACUUCACCACAUGGAGAGAGCUGGAAGAGCUUCAUAUUGCAAACUCAAGGAAUAGCAGAAUACCUGCAGCGAAUGGAGACAGAGGAGGCUCACGAAAUGACCCAGCUGUCAGCAAGCAGGGAAAGCCCCGCUGCGAAUGAGGCUUCAGAAGAUCCAGACGACCCCAUGGCUGUGCCAGAGGACCUGUCAGCCAGCUCCGGACAGCAGCACAACAAUAAGCCGGAUAAGGGACUCGCCAGUAAUAUAAAAGUAGAGGCUCAGAGUGACGAGGAGAAUGGGCGUGCCUGUGAGAGGAUUGGGGAGGAGGAGGAGGAGAGUGCAGAGGACUUGCGCGUGCUCGAUGCCUCAGGAGCCAAACUGAACGGUUCCCACCCGGGCCCAGAAGGGAAGGCCUACUCCCCGGCAGGGGGCAUCCGACUCCCGAACGGGAAGCUCAAGUGUGAUAUCUGUGGGAUAGUUUGCAUCGGCCCCAAUGUGCUGAUGGUUCACAAGCGAAGCCACACUGGAGAGCGGCCGUUUCAGUGUAACCAGUGUGGAGCCUCCUUCACUCAGAAGGGGAAUCUCCUCCGCCACAUCAAGCUGCAUUCUGGAGAAAAGCCCUUCAAGUGCCACCUAUGCAACUAUGCCUGUCGCCGUCGAGAUGCCCUCACAGGCCACCUGCGCACACACUCUGUGGGAAAGCCUCACAAAUGUGCAUAUUGUGGAAGGAGCUAUAAGCAACGUAGUUCACUGGAGGAGCACAAGGAGCGCUGCCACAACUACCUGCAGUGCAUGGGCCUCCAGAACAGUAUCUACUCAGUAGUAAAGGAAGAAAGCACCCAGAAUGAACUGAGUGAAGACUUAAGCCAGACCGGGACAGAGAGGGCAUUGCUGCUAGACAGACUAGCUAAUAAUGUAGCCAAACGUAAGAGUUCUAUGCCACAGAAGUAUGUGGGUGAGAAGCGCUUGUCGGAUCUGCCCUACGACAGCGGGGCCCCCGGCUUCAAAGAAACCGAGCUGAUGCAGCCUCACGUCAUCGACCAGGCCAUCAACAGCGCCAUCAGCUACCUGGGGGCCGAGUCUCUGAGGCCGCUGGUGCAGACCUCCCCGGCCUCCUCCUCAGACGUGGGCAUCUACCCCCUGCACAAGCCCCUGUCCGACAGUCACAAUGGCCACGGCCUGUCAGCUAAAGACAGUGCGGCCGAGAACCUGCUCCUGCUGUCCAACGCCAAGUCGGCAUCCAGCGAGCGAGACGGCUCCCCCAGCCACAGCGGGCAGGACUCCACCGACACGGAGAGCAACAACGACGAGCGGCCAGCGGGAGGCACCGGCCUCAUCUACCUGACCAACCACAUCGCUGCCGGGGCGCGCAACGGGGCUCUGCCGCUGGUGAAGGAGGAGCAGCGGCAGUACGAGUCUCUCCGGGCGGCAGCCCUGGAGGUGGCCUCCGACACCUACAAGGUGCUGAGCAGCGAGGGGGAGCAGGUGAGGGCAUAUCGCUGCGAACACUGCCGCAUCCUCUUCCUGGACCACGUCAUGUACACCAUCCACAUGGGCUGCCACGGCUUCCGAGACCCCUUCGAGUGCAACCUGUGCGGCUACCGCAGCCAGGACCGCUACGAGUUCUCGUCUCACAUGACCCGUGGGGAACACCGCUUUUGAACUCACACGCUCGUGUUCGCACACGAGCACACACAAAGACAGACACAUACACACACACUGCAAAAAAAACUAAGUAUAAGUCAGUCUUAACAAGCAUCUUAGUCUUAUAUUUAGACUUAAAAUCUUAUUUCUAUUACUUUUUUGUUAAAUGAGACAAAAAGCCAGUGAGGUGAGAAAGUUUGACUCAUUUCAAAAUUUGGGUGAGACAAUUUCACUUGUCAAGCAAACAAGCUAAUAUUUUCUACUUAUUAUGAGACUAAAAAUGUUUUUUAAGACAGCCAUUUUUUGCAGUGUGUUCAUGCUUACAGUAGUGUGUAAAAAUGUGGGUACCCCUGGUCAAAAAGCCUUUUACAAUGAAUAUCUAAGUGAACAGAAGCAAACCUGACGUUGCAAAUGGUACAACGUUAAACAUGACACAUUUCUUCAAAUUUUAAAGCAAGAUUACAUUUUACUUCAAAUUUUUACAGUUUCAGAAUAAUAAAAACAGGAAAAAGGCCUUGUGCAAAAGUUUGGGAGCCCUGUCAGUUAGUACUUUAUAACUCCUUGUCGGGCAACUAUAACAACAUGUAAACACUUCCUGUAGCCAGCUAAGAGUCUUUCAAUUCUCUCUUGUGGAAUUUUCCCCAUUCUUCCUGGCAGAACACCUCUAGCUCAGAAAUAUGCUUCGGCCUCCUAGCAUGUACAGUAUUUUUGAGAUCUCUCCACAGAUUUUCAAUAAUAUUCUGGUCUGGGAACUGUGGUGGCCAUUCCAAAACAUUCAUCCGUCUUUCCUGGAGGUACUUGAACAAGGUUGAUUUCGAGGUAUGCUUUGGAUCAUUGCCUUACUGGAAAAUCCAACCUCCCUUCAACUUCAAUGUCUGGACUGACCUUUGAACAU